GUAUGGACAGCGCAGGCUGGGCAGGCACAAGUGACCGAGAAGAUGCUGGCGCUGAACGUCCCUCUGCUUGUGUGGAUAUUUGGCUGCAUGUGUUCUCUAGAGGCUACGAAUGGGUUGACUUCAGCAACACUAAUUACGCCGUCAACAUCCAGGCCCACACGGCAGAUGGCAGAAAGCCCUCCCUCUGCCCCAGCUGAGGGGAAACCAACUGCUGGCGGUGCUUCAGAACAACUUCCCUCUACAGCCUCCACCUCAGACCGGAGCACCAGCCCAGCCCUCCCCGACCCUGCCCCGACUGAGGAGAAAUCUGCCCUGACAAUGGCAGCCUUUGGUGUCAUCAGCUUCAUAGUCAUUUUGGUAGUUGUUGUUAUCAUCCUGGUCAGCGUGGUCAGUCUGAGAUUCAAGUGUACUCGUGCCAAAGAUACAGAAGAUAAACAGAAACCGGGGAGCUCCGUGGUGUCUGAAAGUUGCUCUGCAGCGACAGCUAAGAAGAGCAGCGUCACCCUGAUCUCCAUGAAGGACUUGAGCAUGAACAACAGUGCAACUUACCCCACUUCGGAAAAGGUGCUAUGAAGACAGUGCUGUGACGGGAGCCAUGAGGAAACACAGCUAGCUAAUCCGGACUGACUUUCUAUUAUGGCAGGGGGAGGCUUUCCCUUUGCAAGUUAUUACAUCCUUUCCAGUGAAUGCAUGUAUCCUAAGGCCGAGCAAAAUAACCCUAUGGGGGCUAUCAGAGUUUUCUCCAGCUGACUUCAGCCUCUUGCAAUGUUUGAUGUUCUAACUACAUUUCUGGUAAGCACAGAACUUUCUGUGUGUUCUAGAAGCUCUAGAGGGAGGAGAGCCAAACAACCCAGUGACAAAGACCACUCCCUUAAUGACCCUUUGGCAUCCCUGCCAGACAGUCAGUGGUUUGUCCCACAGCUGAUCACAUUCACAGAUGUCCCAGUUCAGCCUUGCACUGAAAGGCAUGAUCCGAAGGCUACUGAAACCAACAGAAAGACGCCCAUUAACUACAGCAAGUGUGAAGCAGGCCUGAAGUCAAUGGGCCUUCAGCAAAUGCUUACCUGCUUUGCUGAAUCGAGGCAUAAUUGCUGAAAGUCCCUCUCUGUGCCUCCGUUUGCCUGUCUGAAGCAGGAACGAUACUUACCUACCUCCCAAUGGUGUGGAGAGGCUGCACUGAUGAAUGCCUGGAAAGCGGUUGGAGAUCCAUGAAGGAGAGCUGCUGGAGAAGUGCAAAGUAUUUUUAUUAUCUUUACUAUGAAUUAACCUUCAGCCAGGCAGAUCAGCACAGUAUGCUCCAGGGAGGGAAUACCCAUAAGCCUUAUCGGAUGGCAAAUGUGGUCUCUGAGUAGGUGAUGCUUCCAACAGGUCUGGGCUCUGAUCCUUUCUGAAUGGCGACAGAAUGAGCCACUUCUGCUCUAUUUCAGCAACAGCUGGCAAAUAAAAUGGUUCAAGUACUUGGAA